CAGAGCGGCUUCACCAGCCAGCAGUGUCCUCAGCUCUCCUCCUCCUCAUCGGGCCUGCAGCCAUCCUGCCCGCCGUACUGGAUGAUGCUCAGCAGCCCGCAGCAGAGCCGCCUGGCCAGCCGCCACUGCUCCGACUUCUGGGAGCCCAAUCCUCGACAGCGCUCCUACAGCCUCAACCCCUCCGUCCUGCGCGCUAAGUUGGCCGUCUCAGACUCUGAGGAUGAUGUAGAGAGCGCCGCACAGAAAGCCAAGAAGUCGGCGAAAGCCGCCUCUGGUGGAGAGCGUCCUGCUGCUCCGUGUCAGCGAGGUCAGAGGUCAGCACAGAGAGCCUUCGUCCCUGACCUCCUGAACCCUCCGGCCUGCCUCAGCAGCCUGCCGCACCAGCGCAGGAAGAACCUGCGACAGUGCUCGCUGUCGGUGCUCGACACGCCCAAGGAACACAAACCCAACACAGAGAGCCAAUCCAAGGGCCCGACAUCACACAGGGCCCCUGCAACCAGGGCCAACACAGUGGACCGGCUCCCCAGCAUCAACAACCACAACACAACGCACACGAAAUCUCUGAGCCCAGACUCCUGCAGAAACCCAUCUGUGACCUCAGCCCCCACGGGUCUCCCCUCCUCCGGUUCGGACUCGUCAGCAGAGCUGCUGUCAGCUCUGAGCCCGGAGGAGAGGGAGCUGCUGGCGGCCAUCACUGCCCGGGGUUACACCUUCCGCACCGCCAUCAUCGCCCUGCAGAAGACAGGCCGGCAGACCCCAGAUCAG